AUGACCGUACUCUCAAUAACAAAAGAAAAGCCGGUUGGAGAUGCGUCAAGCCAAAGUUCUCAGUUAGAGGGCAUUCCUGUGCGUGUGGCCCAUCAGCUUCACGAUGCCUUUCAAAUUCGAAGUUCUGCCUUUCAACUGAUGAAGUUCGCUUUUGACGAAGAGGUAUCGAGUGAGAAAGCGGGCGAGUUUAUUGAAGCUCUGAGUAGCCUGAGAUGGGCAUCCUCUCUGCCACAUACUCUGUUCGCAUAUUCGGCAGCUUCGGCGGUACUCUCGUCCACACUGGGCAGUAUCACCUCAAAGCACAAAUACGGAACGAUGAAGGAACUGAAAAGAACACUAAUGCGCAACCCACUCAAAGAAAGAAAACGUUUCCGAGCUCCACCAAAAGCACUACCGCCCAUCUCAAAGAAUAGCGACUCGGCAGUGUUGAAUGUUUUAUCACCUUCUCCACGUUCUGCAAAAAAUGAUUAUUUGGAUCUGUCCGAUAUGAUGGAUCCAUCAACCAGUGGGCUACAUCAUCAUUAUCUAGUCGAUUACGAGCGACUGGGUUUAAGCCUCGGCGCCUUUCGACUGACCAACGUGAACCGUCGUUAUGAGCUCACUAAAAGGCUUGUUUACUUUUUCAAAUAUUUUGCUACUUGGAAAAGCGACAACAGCGCACUGCUCAUCCGUGGUGCUGGAUUUACCGCGCAAACAAUGGUUACUCGUCUGAGAAAACAAGCAAAUUUCCUUGGUGGUAACGAUAAUCAAAACAGUAUGGGCUAUGCUGAUUCACAUUUAUCAUUGAAUUCACGCGACAUAACGGCGCCCAAUAGUGUUGAAUUGCAGGUAUCUUUUUUUGCUGUCUUCUUCCAAAAAAUUAGUGUUAUAUUUAAAAUGACAUUAGCUAGAUUAGCGCAUCAAAUCCAUCAGAAAUUUCGCCGACGCUUGUGA